AUGUGUAAUAACCCUGCCCCCUUUUACUACGACGAGACGGCUGCGGAGGGCGAGGGCCCCAGCAUCCUCGCCGCAAUCGAUCCGGAGGACAACUUGUUCUUCCCCGUCGUCUGCACGUACAAGGACGCCUCCUCGGCCAAGAUCUAUCUCGUCAAUGCCGACAUCGAAGCCGGCAUCCAGAUGCUCCAGUCCGCCAAUUUCAAGUACACCAUCACCAAUGGCGACGUCGACAAGUGCUAUCUGCUCCGCCUGUCUGCCACGAACCGCGGCGAGGGCGACUGGGCCGAGUGGGACGAGGAGGUCGUGGCCGCGUACGAGGAGGACCCCCUGGUGUGGACGUUUGACGACUCGCUGUUCGGCGAAGGCGACGACGACUGGGCGUGGUUGGACGAACUGCUUCUCGAUCUGGAGCACCUGGACUGGUCUGACGAGGACUUGCUCGCGAUUUGGGGCGAUUUGAUGUUUGAGGAUGAUGACUGGGAGAUUCUGGACGACGAGGAUGCGUGGGAUUUGUGGUUCGACUAUGACGAGACUGAGGAGGAUGCCGCUUCCGAGGCCGCCCGCGUCGGCCAUGGUCACAGCUCGAUCCUCAUAGAGCCCCUCCGCUCAAUGUCUUCCCUGAAGCCCGUCCUCAUCUCCGGCGCUGGCCUGUCCUCGCUCCUCCUCGCCCAAUCCCUCCGCGUCUCCGGCAUCCCCUACCGCAUUUUCGAGCGCGACGCCUCCUUCGUGUUCCGCGCCCAGGGCUACCGGCUGCGCUUGUCGGCCGAGGGCCUCGACGCCAUCGAAUCGGUGCUCGACCUCUCCCUCUUCCAGCGCUUCUGGGAACGGUGCGGCAAGACGGGCGGCAGCGGCUUCGUCGAGUUCAACGCCGUGACCGGGGAGGAGACGGAGCGCAGGAUGCAGGAGGGCCUGGCCUCGCGGGGCGGCAAAGUGGUGGGCAUCUCCCGCGGGGACAUGCGCAAGGUGUUCGCCGAAGGGUGCGAGGAGCACAUCGAGUGGUCCAAGCACGUCGUGGGCUACGAGGUGACGGACGACGGGGUGCGCGCCCUCUUCGCCGACGGGUCCAAGUCGGUCGAAGGGUCCCUUCUCGUGGGUGGCGAGGGCAUCUAUUCCAAGGUGGCUCGGCAGCUGUCGGGGGCAAGCUCAAGGUGGGUGUUCCGCCUCAAGGACGAUACGAAGCCCGGCGGCCUCGCCUUUAUCAUCACCAAUGUCCGGCCGGGCGAGUUAGACGACCCGGACGUGCAGUUUGGUUGGACCAUGGGCGGCCAGCCCGGGGUGAUUCGCGCGCCCAACGACGACUACGCCAUCGUGGGCAAGCAGGCGGCCGACAUCGCCAAGGGCAUCGCCGAGCUGGCACCCCCAUGGGACAACGAGCCCCGUGUCACCGUCAUUGGGGACGCUGUUCACUCCAUGACUCCUGCGGGCGGCAUCGGCGCCAACACUACCGUGCAGGAUUCGGCGUUGCUGGGGAGGUUGCUUCGCGAGGCGGGCGGCUUCGGGCCGGGCGUGACGGCGGCGUACGAGAAGGAGAUGAGGGUGUAUGCGAGCGCGGCGGUGGGGCAGAGCUACUCGAUGGCGGUGAAUUCUUUUGGCAUCAAGAUUGACGAGGAGUCGAGCGCGACCGUGUAG